CCGUGAAGACUUGCCUGACCUGCGAGGCCUCCCUGUGCCAAGCCCACCUGAGCAAGCACAGCACAAAGAACACCCAGAAGAACCACGUCCUGGUGGAGCCCUGUGGUGCCCAGGUUUUGGCUGAGAGGAAAUGCCCCCAGCACGGCAAAUUGCUGGAAUGCUACUGCGAGACGGACAAGGUCUGCAUCUGCAUGCUGUGCUCUGUCCUCAUCUCCCACAGGGAGCACAAGAUCAUCAGUUUGGAGGAGGCUUUUGGCCAAGCACAGCGUGUUUUUCCCGAAACUCUAAAAGAGGUGAAAAACUACGAAGCUGCACUGGAUCGAAACAUAGCAAACCUGCUGGAAAAAGCGGAGGAAGUAAAGGUUAAGGAGGGUCUGCAGUGGCAACGGCUGGAGAGCCUAUUCAAAGAGAUCAGUUUGCAGCUAGAGAAAAAAAAAAGUGAGAUCCUGAAAACUCUCAGUGACUAUGAGAACCAACAAAUUUCUCGGAUUCAUAUGGAGUUAAAGAACCACAGAGAGCAGAAGCAUUCAGCCAGCCAUGAUCUUCAGGAGCUGGAGGCUCUGACAAAUCAGAAAGAUACACUUCUUUUCACCAGGGCUUUUACAGCAAUUCAGGCCAGGGAACGCAAGCCAGUUCCUAUCACGGAUGGUGUGAAAGUGCCAAACCCACCUAUUGCUUUGGAUGAAUCAAAAACACGCAAUAUUCUGUGCCUUUUCCAGCAAUUCCUUUCAAAGAUGGAGUCUUUAUUUAAACCACCACCUGUCGUGCGGUUUUCAACUCCUCACAGCGGUACAGGUGGACCCCAGCAUCCACAUUACCCACCUAGUUUUUCCUCUGCCCCUGCCUUCUCUUUUGGCUGUAACUCCUUCCAAGGCAGCUCUUCAAAUCCUGGUUUUUCCUCUGCCUCUGGCAUCUUUGGCUCUAGCUCUUCAAAUCCUGGUUUUUCCUCUGCCUCUGGCCUCUUUGGCUCUAGCUCUUCAAAUCCUGCUUCUUCCUCUGCCACUGGCCUCUCUGGCUUUAGCUCUG